GGUGAAUUGCUGAGUCCAUGUCGGUGUGAUGGGUCAGUGAAAUGUACACACCAGUCCUGUCUGAUCAAAUGGAUCAGUGAGAGGGGAUGCUGGAGCUGUGAGCUGUGUUAUUACAAGUAUCACGUCAUUGCCAUAAGCACAAAGAACCCGCUGCAGUGGCAGGCCAUUUCUCUGACUGUCAUUGAGAAAGUUCAAAUAGCAGCAGCCAUCUUGGGUUCCCUAUUCCUUAUUGCCAGUAUCUCGUGGCUUAUCUGGUCAACCUUCAGUCCUUCUGCUAAAUGGCAGCGCCAAGACCUGCUCUUCCAGAUCUGCUAUGGAAUGUAUGGCUUCAUGGACAUUGUCUGUAUAGGUCUGAUCAUCCAUGAAGGGCCCUCAGUUUAUCGGAUUUUUAAACGAUGGCAAGCAGUCAAUCAACAGUGGAAAGUGCUGAACUAUGACAAAACAAAGGACCUGGAGGAUCAAAAAACAGGGUCCAGGACCAACCAACGAACCUCCUCUCAGAACAACCAUUCAUCCUCCACUGAUGGUGCAGCUAGCAACUUCACUCCAGCCGACAGCAUGGCCUGGGCAGCUAGUCACCCCACGGGCACCUUGUCUGACCACCACUGUGCUUAUACCAUCUUGCAUAUACUCAGCCAUCUGAGGCCUCAUGAACAGAGAAGUCACUCAAACUCAAACAGAGAGCUCGUGAUGAGAGUCACCACAGUAUGA